GUUCGUCCUGAUGCUUUGAUAGAUCGCUAGAACCUGUCUUUCGUUUCGAUUCGUUUUUUUCUUUCUUUUCUUCUUGUCUUAUUUUUACCCUAUGCAUUCUUCGAAUAUGCAGAAAGAGAUAUUUGGCACCAUGGCGGGCACGGCAGCAAUGAUACCAGUAAUGGGAGAGGAAAGCACUGAGAACACCAUCCUGGAAUCGCGGGUUCUCAUCAUUAUGACCGGAGGCACGAUUUGUAUGAGGGGCUCGGCGUCAGGAUUUGUUCCUGCCAGGGGGUUCCAAGACGCCUGCCUUGCGCGCGUCCCUACUUUCAACGAUGGCUCGAACCCUUCGCCGAUGGACGUGGUGGUGAAUAGCAAGAAUGAUAUCAGGGCCCAUGCCAGCUUGCGUACCCCGCAAACCCUGUACGGACGCCAAGUGCGAUACACGGUUUUCGAGUUCGAAGAGCUUCUAGACAGUAGCUCUAUCGAUGCCAAAGGUUGGGCUGAGAUCGCCGAGGCCAUCUACCGGAACUACACUCUGUUCGAUGGAUUUGUCGUUCUUCAUGGAACCGACAGUCUGGCGUAUACUUGUUCUGCACUGAGCUUUAUGCUGCAGAACCUGGGUAAGCCGGUCAUCUUGACCGGUGCUCAGGCGCCCAUGCUUGAGCUGCAGAACGACGCUACGGACAAUUUGCUCGGUUCUCUGGUGGUGGCUGGCCACUUUAUGAUCCCAGAGGUGUGUUUGUAUUUCAACAACCGACUAUUCCGUGGGAAUCGUUCCACCAAGGUCGCUGCCAGUGACUACGCUGCCUUUGAUUCUCCCAAUUCCCCGCCUCUGGCCGUGACCACAUCUAUGCGUACCAACAUCGCCUGGGAGCUUAUCCAUCGCCCUACGCGCAUCCAGCAUUUUAGCAUCCAGACUAAUCUUGACACAACCCAUGUUGCAUGCCUGCGCAUCUUCCCCGGUAUCAAGCCGCAAAUGGUGGAUGCCGUGCUGCAACUGGAAGGUCUCAGAGGCUUGGUCUUGGAGACUUUUGGUGCUGGAAACGCCCCCUCCGGCCAAGACAAUGCGAUGACGAAUGUUCUCGCUGCAGCAAUCAAGAGAGGGAUCGUUAUUGUGAACGUCACCCAAUGUAUGGUUUUUUUUUCUCUCCCGGCUCCCUUAUUUUUUCAAUGGCUGACAUGACGGGAAUCAGGUCUAACCGGCAGCGUUAGUCCGGUGUACGCCCCCGGCAUGAGUCUCUCACGCGCAGGGGUAGUGGCAGGGUUGGACAUGACGAGCGAAGCAGCCCUGACCAAACUGGCAUACCUUCUUGCUCUGCCGGGAGCGACGCCGGAAUCCGUCUCGAAGAACAUGUCAAUCUCGCUUCGCGGGGAACUGACGGAAAGCUCCC